AUGGGGCUACGGCUAACACUGCGUCUCCCUCCUCUCCCCCUGGGGCUACGGCUAACACUGCCUCUCCCUCCUCUCCCUCUGCGCUCCCGGGGGCUGGGACUAGGGCUGCGGCGGUGCCCCAUGUGCUUGGGGGAGGGGCUGCGCCCUCGAGGGCGGGGGCUGAUGCCUCGCCCCCUCGGACUCACCCCCCUCCGCCUUCCCCCCUCCCUUCCGCUCUCCCUCGGACUCCUGUCCCUCAAAUCCCUUGAAUCUCUCCCCCUAGGGCUGCCCCCCCUUGGGCUCGCACUGCCGCUUCGGCCCCUCCUGCUGCCCGCUGCUCUCCCUCUGGGACUGGGACUGGGGCUUCUGGGCUCCGCCCAUCCCUGCCUCUGUAAGGGCUCCUCCUGUCCCUCCCAUUGUCCCUCCCACUGUCCCUCCCACUGCCCCUCCCACUGCCCCUGCCACCAUCGUUCGGCCGUGACCGGGUGGGCUGCGGCUCAAGCUUCUGCCAGGGCGUCUGGCAGGGCUUCUGCUGCUGCCCUCACGUCUGCCCCUCCUUUCCAUGCCCCUCCUCUCGUCGUCCCUCGGCCUUCUCUCAUCCUCCCAUCCGUGCUCCCUGCCUCCGGCUGCACGCAUUGCAGCAGAGCGCCCUCUCUGGUUCCAGGACAAUGGGAAGAAUGA